GUGGCUGCUGCACAGACCGGAAGUACGCUGCCAAGAUGUCUGCGCCCGAUGAACACGCGCUUCACGGAGGAGAAGAAGAAGGCGAAAUGGAAGAGAUGGAGGAAGCGGGAAGCGACGAGGAGGACGAAGGGGUAGAAAUGGACGAGGAAGGCGCCGACGGAGAGGCGGAGAAGAAGGUGUACGUGCCCGGGAUCGAGCCGCUCCGGCCCGGGGAGGAGCUGGAGAUGGACCGCUCGGCGUACCGCAUGUACCACGAGUGCCAAACAGGUGCCCCCUGUCUGAGCUUCGACGUGGUGAGGGAUGGAGACGGGGAGGGCAGGCAGCAGUUCCCCCUGUCCAUGCUGCUGUGUGCGGGCACUCAGGCUGAGACAGCUCUGAAGAACAGACUUCUGGUGAUGCGUAUGCGCAAUCUUCACGGAACAGAGAAGGAAAACGAAGAGGAGGAGAGCAGUGACGAGGAGAGCGAUGAAGACGAGGAGGAAGAGGAUAAGAAGCCGCAGCUGGAGCUGGCCAUGAUGCCUCACUAUGGGGGGAUUAACAGAGUUAGAGUGACCCAGUGCGGGGAGCUCUCUUUAGCUGCUGUAUGGUCUGACAAGGGACAGGUAGAGGUAUUCGACCUUCGACCUCAGAUGGAGGCCGUCCACAGUUCUGCUGCCAUGGCUACGUUCGUCCAGCAGCAGAAGGAAGCCACGGCGCUGUUCAGUUUCUCGGGACACAUGACCGAAGGCUUCGCAAUUGAUUGGUCGCCUAAAGUCCCCGGUCGUCUCGUCAGCGGCGACUGCAGAAAGAACAUCCACGUGUGGGAGCCCCGGGAAGGCGGGACGUCGUGGCAGAUCGACCAGAGACCGUUCAGCUCUCACAGCAAGUCUGUGGAGGAUCUGCAGUGGUCUCCCACUGAAGCCACGGUUUUUGCAUCCUGCUCUGUUGACCAGUCCAUUCGCAUCUGGGAUAUCCGCGCCCCGCCCAACUCGAUGCUCUCAGCCAAUGAGGCUCAUUCGUCGGACGUCAACGUCAUCAGCUGGAACAAGAGCGAGCCGUUCCUGCUUUCAGGAGGCGAUGAUGGACUCCUGAAGGUGUGGGACCUGCGGCAGUUCAAGACGGGUCGCCCGGUGGCCAACUUCAAGCAGCACUGCGGCCCCAUCACCUCGGUGGAGUGGAGCCCCGUGGACUCCAGCGUGUUCGCCGCAUCCGGGGCGGACGACGUCGUCAGCCAGUGGGACCUCUCCGUGGAGUCGUGUGACGUGGGCGCCAGAGUGGAGGGGGUGAAGGACCUGCCCCCACAGCUGCUGUUCCUGCACCAGGGUCAGUCGGAGAUCAAGGAGAUCCACUGGCACCCGCAGAUGCCAGGCGUGAUGAUCUCAACGGCCCUGUCAGGGUUCAACGUGUUCAGGACUAUAUCUGUGUAGAGGGUGUGUGUGUGUUUAGUCAUAAAUGUGUAUAUGAAUGUCCGAUGAGAGGGAAUGAGCUUGUAAUAAUGUACAUAACCUGGCUGUGUAAGUAAUAACUCUGCUUUCUGACAUUUAUUGGCUUAGAAAGGCGCAACAUGAAUUUUCUGUAUGUUUUACAGAUGUGCAAACUAUUUUAGGCAUUUCCAGUUGCAUGCUUACAAUAAACUGUUUAAAUUCUGACCUAA